AUGGGCCCUUCACAUAGAUCUGCUGUCGGUAAAAGGGGUCCUUCACAUAGAUCUGCUGUCGGUAAAAGGGGCCCUUCACAUAGAUCUGCUGUCGGUAAAAGGGGUCCUUCACAUAGAUCUGCUGUCGGUAAAAGGGGUCCUUCACAUACAUCUGCUGUCGGUAAAAUGGGCCCUUCACAUAGAUCUGCUGUCAAUAAAAGGGGUCCUUCACAUAGAUCUGCUGUCGGUAAAAGGGGUCCUUCACAUAGAUCUGCUGUCGGUAAAAGGGGUCCUUCACAUAGAUCUGCUGUCGGUAAAAGGGGUCCUUCACAUAGAUCUGCUGUCGGUAAAAGGGGUCCUUCACAUAGAUCUGCUGUCGGUAAAAGGGGUCCUUCACAUAGAUCUGCUGUCGGUAAAAUGGGCCCUUCACAUAGAUCUGCUGUCGGUAAAAGGGGUCCUUCACAUAGAUCUGCUGUCGGUAAAAGGGGUCCUUCACAUAGAUCUGCUGUCGGUAAAAGAGGUCCUUCACAUAGAUCUGCUGUCGGUAAAAGAGGUCCUUCACAUAGAUCUGCUGUCGGUAAAAGGGGUCCUUCACAUAGAUCUGCUGUCGGUAAAAGAGGUCCUUCACAUAGAUCUGCUGUCGGUAAAAGGGGUCCUUCACAUAGAUCUGCUGUCGGUAAAAGGGGUCCUUCACAUAGAUCUGCUGUCGGUAAAAGAGGUCCUUCACAUAGAUCUGCUGUCGGUAAAAGGGGUCCUUCACAUAGAUCUGCUGUCGGUAAAAGGGGUCCUUCACAUAGAUCUGCUGUCGGUAAAAGGGGUCCUUCACAUAGAUCUGCUGUCGGUAAAAGGGGUCUUUCACAUAGAUCUGCUGUCGGUAAAAGGGGUCCUUCACAUAGAUCUGCUGUCAGUAAAAGGGGUCCUUCACAUAGAUAUGCUGUCGGUAAAAGGGGUCCUUCACAUAGAUCUGUUGUCGGUAAAAGGGGUCCACAUAGAUCUGCUGUCAGCAAGGAGCCCAUCACAUAG